CGUACAGUUCAUGGCGACUUGUAGGGCUUUACUCUCCCAUCUCCGCCGAUCUCGCCAUCUCUCCUCCUCUCUCUCCGCUGUCUCUCUCUCUCCUCAUUAUGUCUCCGGACCGCCGUCGCCGCGCGUGUACUCACUCCCCCCGUUUGAGCUUCCUCUGUCGCGCUUCUUCUCUGCUCGACCCGAUCUGGACUCGGAGCCGACUCGACUCGGAUAUGAAUCGGUCAAUGGUGCGGGAACUGAUGGCCAGCUAGGGUUCGUCGAAGUCAGCAGCGAGGUGAUCGGAGCUGGUGCAGAGAGCUCAGGGUUUUUGACUCAACAUGUGAUCUCGUUGCUUGAUUCGUACCAUGAUCUCACUGGGUUGCCGUGGUGGGUAGUGAUUAUUUCGUCGACUAUGGCUUUCAGAAUGGCUUUGGUUCCCAUACUGGUUUUGCAGCUCAAGCAAACAAAAAGAAUAUCGGAAUUGUUACCUCAGUUACCGCCCUUCUGGCCGCCUCGAAAUUCAGGAAGGAGUGUCAUUGAUCAGUUAGUGCUUUUCCGCAAACAAAGAAAAGCAAUUGGGUGCCCUUCAUUUUUGUGGAUUCCUGCUUAUUUCUCCAUUCAGGUGUCAUGUUUUUUGUUGUGGAUAACUAGCAUUAGAAGAAUGUCGUUGGAUCAUCAUCCUGGUUUUGAUUGUGGUGGGGCUUUAUGGUUCCAGAAUUUGACUGAAAUUCCCAAUGGCCUCUUUGGUCCAAUUUUCCCAUUUCUUAUAGCUGGUUUGCAUUACACCAACGUGCAGAUAAUUUUUGCGGGAUCCUCGGUUCACAAAUUUGAUAAGUUCGAGGAAUUGGCCAAAAAUUACAAAAGAUUUCUAAAUUUUAUGACAUUUUUGCUUUAUUUCCUUGCAUACCAGAUGCCUCAGGGAAGUCUGGUUUACUGGACUACUAAUUUGUCAUUCAGCAUAGCCCAGCAAUCUCUCCUCAAACAUCCGACAGUACGUGCUAAAUUGGGUCUAUCAGGAAAUGACAUUGUCCAAAAGGAGACUAGAAACGUUGAAUCAACAAAUGGGAAUGAAGCGAAAUCUGUGGAUCCACCUGCAAAAGGACGCAUCAUAUCCGCACAAACCUUAACCCCUCAAGAGUUGCUUUCUCUGUCUGUGAAAUAUUUAUCAGAAGGGCAUAUAGAAAAAUCAAUUCCAUUAUUACGACUGGCAUUGGAGAAAGAUCCCGAGUAUUUGAAAGGUAUGAUCACCCUUGGCCAGGCUUUAUAUCAGAAGAACCAGUUCCCUGAAGCUGCUGAAUAUUUGGAGAGUGCUACUUCCAAGCUUCUUGCUGCUUGUCCAACAGAAGUCGAAGAUGUCGAUAACUUAAUAGUUGCGUCCCAAUGGGCAGGUGUCUCCAAUAUACGCCAGGGGAAGACGCCGGACGGAAUCACACACCUUGAAAGGGUUGCGAAUAUGAAAGAACCCGAUGACCCGAAGAGCAAAGCUCAUUACUUUGAUGCGUUGGUACUUCUGUCAAGCGCUUUGUUCAAUGAAGGCCGGAAAGAUGAGGCAGCCAAGUACUUGAGGUUAGUCGUCGCUUACGACAAUUCCUUCAAGGAAUUGCUGAAACAAUGUGAAGAGGAACGCUGAAACAUCAAAGUCUCUUCUCGUGCUUCUUUAUAACAAUAAUAAUUUUUAUUUGGUUCGUUAAAAUAAUUGAAGUGGUCACUAUUUUUUUGGGGAUUUUCCCUUGUAUUUACUUUAUGAAUUAAGUUAUACUUUUGAUUUUAUUUUAUAUAUUUAUU